AUGGCCGAAUCCAACAACACAGAUCUUCCCACGGCUACUGCCACGAGCUACAAACCGGGCGAGGCCACCAUGCUCGCUCUCACGUUCCACGGCACUCAAGACGUGCGCCUUACCGAGGUUCGCACGCCCACUAUCACUGAUCCGACCGACGUUGUUGUUCGCAGCACUGGCGUCACGAUUUGCGGUAGCGACUUGCACCUGUAUCACAACAAAAUCCCUGACCUCAAGAAGGGCGAUAUCCUCGGCCACGAGGGAACCGGCGUCGUCGAGCAUGUUGGCGCGCAGAUCACCAAGUUCAAGGUGGGUGAUCGUGUGGUGGCAUCGUUCAGCAUUGCCUGUGGCACAUGCGAGCAGUGCAAAGCCAAGCUGUUUACCAUGUGCGAUCGCACCAACACAAGCGCCAAGAUGGAUGAGCUCUACGGCCAAAAGCUCGGCGGCAUUCUUGGCUACUCUCACUUGCUCGGAGGCUACGCCGGUACCCAGGCCGAGUACUUCCGCGUGCCGUUUGGUGAUGUCAACUGCUUCCACGUCCCGGACAGUGUGAGUGAUGAAACGGCACUACUGAUGGCCGACGUGACGCUCACAGCAUACCACAGCGUUGUGGAUAUCAAGUUCCAAGAGGGUGAGACGGCAGCCAUCUGGGGUGCAGGCCCUAUUGGCCAGCUCAUCGCUCAAUGGCUCCUCAAGGUGUUUGGCGCCAGAAAAGUGAUGCUCAUUGACAAUGUAGCUCCUCGCCUGCACUGGGCGCAAGAGAGACUCAACGGUCUCGAGACGAUCAACUUUGAUCAGACACCCCAAGUGGCCGAAGAGGUCAUGCACAAAGUGGCUGGUGGUGUCGACGUAUCGUUUGACGCAGCAGGCUUCCGCUACGCCAAGUCUCUGAAGCACCAGACGAUGCAGACACUGGGCGUCGAGACGGACACACCCGAGAUCAUCAACGAAGCCAUUCGGGCCACGCGCAAAUUUGGACGCAUCUCGGUGAUUGCGGAUUACGUGGGUCAGUGCAACGAGUUCCUGAUCGGCGCCAUGAUGGAGAAGGGUAUUUUGCUCAAAGGUAACGGUCAGGCUCCCGUACAAGCGUACAUGGAGCAGGUGUUUGAGGACUACAUCGUACCGGGCAAGUUUGACCCCACGCUCAUCCUCACGCACCGUUUCAAGCUGGAGGAUAUCGCCAAGGUCUACAAGGCUUUUGAUGAGAAGCGUAUUGACGAGCACAAGGGCGGCAUCCCUAUCAUCAAGACGUUCAUCGAAACAAAGGCAUCCAAGCCACGAGCGGCUAGCACACCUGAGCUCAGCUCUGUUCCCGGUUUUUGA